CCAUCACAUAUCACCAAAAAUUGUUGAAAACCCUGCCAACUCAAAAAUUCCUCCAUUACUAUAUAUUUUCGAUGCAUCUGGCAAGGAACAAAUGUUUAUAGCUUGUGUCAAUUUUGACAGUGCGCCGGGAGAAGGCAAAACAACAACAAUACUUUACAACUUUCAAAAGCGUGCUUUAUGAAAACAAAUAAGAUUUCAUAAAAUAAUUAAUAUUAUAUAUAAGAUAAUUCGCGAAUAAAUAUAAAUUGGCCUGGUAUAACUUUUAAUCAAAAGUUUAAUUAACUCAAACCAGAAGCAAGUAUGGCUGGCGUUUUAUUUGAGGAUAUUUUCAAUGUGAAAGACAUGGAUCCAGAGGGCAAGAAAUUCGAUCGUGUAUCGCGACUGCAUUGUGAAUCUGAAUCCUUCAAAAUGGAUUUGAUACUAGAUAUUAACUCAUGGUUGUAUCCUAUGGAAUUGGGAGACAAGUUCCGCUUGGUGCUGGCUACAACACUGCGCGAGGACGGCUGCCCUGACAGUGGUGAAUUCAACCCGUUGGAGCAAGAAGGUACACGUGCCGAUAGUUUCGAGUAUGUUAUGUUCGGGAAGGUAUAUCGUAUUGAAGGUGAUGAGGCACAUAAUGAAGCAUCGUCUCGCCUAUCAGCGUACGUAUCCUUCGGUGGACUGCUAAUGCGUUUACAAGGGGAUGCCAACAAUUUGCACGGCUUUGAAGUUGACCAACAGAUGUACUUGCUGAUGAAAAAGUUGGCAUUCUGAUUUCUAGCUGCUAGUGUGGUUUGGACGAAAUUUUAUACUUGUGUGUAGUUUUAAAUAAUAAAUCGUAGUACUGUACAAAGGAAAUAAAAUUUGUUGAUGUAAUUUAAAAGUAGGAUAAUAUUAAAAAAUAGUAAACAUUUUGUUAUCAACAAGUUUGUCUAUUGUGAAUGGUAUUUACAUUCUACUUGUCAAAUUAAUUAUUUGACAGCAGGCACUUGAAAUAAACGAUUGCAAAGCAUUUAGUUUUUUGGCUUCCAAAAUCUAGAUAAAGAAGCAGCGCCUUGAAGAAUAAGGAGUUAAGGGAGCUAAGAGUUGACAGAAGUCAUCAGUGCGUUUCUAAAAUUUGAGAACACAUGUCUUGCUGAAAUGGAUACUACCAAUUUGAAAGUGGUUUCAUUUGACGACGAACAAAUAGUUGCUGUUGGAAGAGCUCUUAGAGCUGUAGCAGACCAAGUUUACGAAGAAUCCAAAUUGGAACUUGUAUCAUAUGAGCCGGAGGAAGUAGUCGAACUUCUAAGUGAAUCAGAAAAUGCAGAUGAUGAAGACGAUGGAUCAGAUUGCGAAAUAUUUGGAAAGAUGUGUACUAAUACAGAAAAUUUAUCGGAAAACACUCAAACCGAUUUUGUUGUACCAUUUGAGAUUAAAAUUGAUGACAUGCAAUCGACGAAUGGAGUAGUUGAAGAAUUAACUAAUCAAGCUGUUUUACACAACGAUGAUGUUCUGUUAAAUAACGUAAGUCUUGAACAAGCCGAGGAACAAAUUGCACCGCGUCAAGAUUCAUUCAAUGAAAUCAUCGAAUUAGAUGAUAGUGAUAAUGAUUCAGUUUGUAAUGAUAAUUCAGAGGAAGAUGUAAAGGAAAAAAAGUGUAUCGUACUCUUAGAUGACAGUUCAAAUGAUUCUAAUCAACCUACGACAUCAACGGAUGCAGCUCAACAAACUAAUUUAAACGCACAUAAUUUAGAAGCUUUUUUAAAUUAUAUAUGCCCACAAUGUGGUGUUUCCUGUGGCAAUAUAAAGAAAUGGAAUGCCCACACGGAUAUCGUUCACAAUUUUCGUUCCAUUUCAAUACUCAAUUUAAAAACGGUAAUAAGUCGACAAGGUCAAUUAUCUUAUCAGUGUAACUCGUGUGAAAAAAAAUUUAUUUCCGAUGCUCCAUAUGGAAAGUUGUUAAAUCAUCGUAUACAACACAUGGCGAUUCCAUAUUUUUUGCGUUGUCGUCUGUGUGAGGAAAGAUUUUCCUCACGUCGCAUGUUUUUAUUUCACUUUAGGAAAAAGCAUAAAAAGAUUGCUUUACAUAAGUUACGCCGCGCAGAGUCAUUAAGAUGUCACAUACGAUUCCUGUGUCCGAUUUGUAAGAAAAAGGCUGCAAACUUAAAAGAAUGGAAGAGCCACUUGGAAAUAGAACACGAUUGGUGUAAUAAAUUGGAUGAAAAGGUAAACGCGAUAAGAGACAAUUUAGUUGAAUGUAAAAUAUGUCUCGCCACAUUUCGUGCAAAACAAAGGCUUUGGCAUUUAGUGCGUCACGAGGAGCACAAUCCUUUUCACUGCAAAUUGUGCAAAAAAAUUAAGGCAUACAAUAUGCAUACAAUCGUUAAACACAUACGUGUGGAGCACUUUAAAGAGAAAUGCUUAAGGGAAUUCCGUUGUAAUUAUUGUGAUAAGGUAUUCACAACUAAUCCACGUAGGAAUAUCCAUAUGAACGAGAUGCAUACAAUUGAAAAAUUAACUUGUGAGAUAUGUGACAAAAAGUUUAAUUCAAGUGCGCGCCUUUUGACCCACAUGGCUAAAUUGAAUCACCAAAAAA